AUGGAUCCGAGAAGACCAGAGACUCCAGAGAAGAUUCCUCCAAUAUCUGGAUCAGCAGCCUCGAUGACAGACAAACACAUGAGAGCGAUGAAGACGAGAAGAAGGAAAUUGAAAUUCAUUGUUUUCGGGAAUUGUGAAGAUUCAUGGGAAACUAAAAUCCCAUUCACCGUGAGAGCACCGAGCCAGUAUAAAACCCCCACCCCACUCCAUGAAUCUUCACAAUUCCCGAAUAAAAUGAAUUUCAAUUUCCUUCUUCUCGUCUUCGUCGCUCUCAUGUGUUUGUCUGUCAUCGAGGCUGCUGAUCCAGAUAUUGGAGGAAUCUUCUCUGGAGUCUCUGGUCUUCUCGGAUCUAUCGGAGGAUUGGCUGGUUCAGCCGGUGGAAAGAAGAAAUAA